AUGGUUGAUUUAGCUAGGGAGGCCUUCAUUACAAAUAAUUUUUGCCUCGCCGCCGAUAUUUAUGAACGAACGAUUCGGGAAAAUGGACCAACUGCUGAGUUGUAUUUAGGACUAGCCGAUAGUUUAGCUAGAGGAGGGAUGUUUGCGAAAGCUUUUCAGUCGUACACUAAUGCUUACAGAUUCGGUAAAGUUACCCCCGAAAAACUUAAACAUUUAGUUGUUGGUUUGAUUGAUACUGUGAAACAAGACAUGAUCAACUGUGGUGGUAAUUUAUUAGCAAAGAAAAAUUGUAUGUUUACAUGCGGGGUUUGCCGAGGCAUCCUAGACGAUCCGGUUACGCUGCCGUGUGGGCAUUCAUUUUGUAGAAAAUGUUUAGAUAAAAAGUCUACAAACGCGUGUGAAUCAUGUAGCAUUAUCCAUUACCGACUGAAUAUUAGCAAUCUUAGCUCCACCGUUGUUUUAUCCAACCUUGUCCAGAAAUGGUUCCCAAAGGAAUGCAUGGCUGCUCGUUUGAAAAGGAAAGGAAAUGAGUAUUUUUCUUCUCAGGAUUAUAAGAAUGCGGUGGAAAUGUACAGUCAAGCCCUGGAAAUAUCUGGAACAGACCAUCUCCUACUUAGCAAUAGAUCCCAUGGCUAUGCUCUUAUGGAUCGGUUUGAAGAAGCCCUAGUGGAUUCACAACAAGUAGUGCAACUGUGUCCAGACUGGCCCAAGGGUUAUUUGCGCAAAGGAUGUGCCUUAUACGGUUUAGGACGGUAUGAAGAAGCUGUUGUUUCUUUCCUACAAUGUCUGGCCUUAGACCAGAACGUGUCGUCUGCCAAAGAGUAUCUUUCUAAGGCUUUGGACCGAAUCCUAUCAGCUCCACCACCCGAUGACCCAAAGGCUCACACUAUACAGCAGCAGAUGAAUUUGUCUUCACUUCAACAAUUGAUUGAGAGUAACUUCAGCCAGCCUGCACUUCUGCCAAAUAUUACCCACACUUUGUCAAACCUGGCAUGCAGUGUAAAAGAUACAAUGGCAUUGGCACAAAGUUUUUCGGUGGAGCACAAAUCACAGGUUUUUGUGUCUUCAUCCAAAGAGAACUUGCAGAUGGCUCCAUUGAAGCAGCGGGGAGAUUCUCAGAAGGAUGCUGAACUACAAGGAGAUGAUCUUUGUGAAGAUGAAAAUUCUGACCUAAAGUGUCGUGAUAUAUCAGCCAGCCACACUCAUGAUGAUACUGAGAAUCAAACAGAUGCGCCAGAGAUCUGUUCACCUAAAACCAGGAAACGACUGAGAGUCCCGACCUCCACUACCACCACCACUCCUCAAGGUCCUGUCAGUCCAUCUCAUUCGUCCCCCGAGAAAGUCUUAAAGGCCACUGAUGUGAAUACUGGAACAACGAAGACCAGUCCAGUAACUGUUACUGCUAAAUCCCAGUCUUCUGUUACCACCAGUGCUUCCUCUGAUGGGCAGAAGAUAAACCCUGAGCAGAUAAACAUCGAAGACCUGGAGUGUGGACUCUGCUACAGGCUCUUUUAUGAGCCUGUGACAACUCCAUGUGGCCACACAUUCUGUCGUCAGUGCUUAGAUAGAAGUCUGGACCACACCGUAAGCUGUCCCAUGUGCAAGGGAAAUCUAGCUGAGUAUCUGGCUGAAAGAAGGCAAGCAGUAACUGAUGCAGUACAGUGUAUUAUACAAACUUACUUCAGGGAAGCUUAUAGAGAAAGAUGCAAGAUCCAUGAAGAGGAGAUGACAGAACUAACAAGGAUGGGCAGUAGUCAACAGGCAGAUAUACCAAUAUUUGUAUGCAUCCCAGCAUUCCCAACCAUACCUUGCCCAUUGCACGUCUUUGAGCCACGUUAUCGGCUGAUGAUACGCCAGUGCAUGGAGUCGGGAACUCGCCAGUUUGGAAUGUGCAUGAGCAUUGGUGAUAGUAGUGAACAUUUUGGUGACUAUGGCUGUAUGCUGGAGGUUCGAGAUGUCCAGUACUUUCCCGAUGGACGUUCUGUUGUUGACACAGUUGGAGGUCGCCGGUUCAAAGUCUUGAGUCGGGGAAAGAGAGAUGGUUACAACACAGCCAAAGUUGAAUUCAUUUCGGAUAAACCCAUGGAUGCAAAUGAGUUAAAUGAAGUCAACCUCCUGCAAACAGAAAUCCAUGCCAUGGUAACCAAUUGGCUGUCUAGACUGCCCACAAUGCACCGGGCACGGAUCACACAGCAUUUUGGCGAGCUGCCAGAGAUAGAGACACACACAGCCCCCUCACAGAAUGGACCAAAGUGGGCUUGGUGGGCUGUGGCUGUCUUGCCCAUAGAUCCCCGUGUUCAAAUGGUGCUUCUGGCUAUGUCCAGUUUGCAAGAGAGGCUGAUUGCGCUGAAGAAGGUUCUUGUGUACAUGAAUCGCCGAGGGCCGAGAUGA